AUGAGAUCUUUAACUUCCGGUAAAGUAUUCUUUAUGGUUUAUUGCCUUACCUUGUUGUAUGUUUCAUCACCACAUUGGGUUGCUUCUGCUACUUCUACUACUGAUACUGAAGCAAAGGCUCUUCUCAAAUGGAAAGCCAGCUUAUUUCAAAACAAAGCCCUUAAUAUUCUCAACUGGUACCCUCCCGCUCAUAAUGCCAACAAUUCUUCCACCAAUCCAAAAGCAAAUACAAUCCCGUGCACUUGGACCGGUGUUUCAUGCAACACAGCUGGAAGUGUCAACAAGAUAAACCUUUCCACUUGUGGUAUUCAAGGUACGCUACAUGAAUUUUCAUUCUUGUCCUUCCCUAAUCUUGAAUAUCUUGACCUCCGGAUGAAUAAACUCUUUGAUGUCAUCCCACCUCAAAUCAGUUACCUCUCCAAACUCGACUAUCUUGAUCUCUCUCUCAAUCAAUUGUCCGGGAGAAUCCCACCAGAAAUCGGACUCCUAAGAAAUCUUACCCUUCUCGAUCUCCAUGAAAAUACAUUUUUUGGGGAUAUUCCCAAGGAAAUAGGCAACAUGAAAUCUAUUGAGGAACUAUAUUUGUAUAAGAAUAAAGUCAAUGGUUCAAUUCCAAGAUCAUUAUGCAAUCUAACAAGACUUGCCUAUCUUUACCUCUAUAAAAAUCAACUUUCUGGUUCUAUUCCCAAUGAGAUAGGUAAUUUAAAGUCUCUAGUAGAUCUACAGUUGUCCUCCAACACUUUAAGUGGUCACAUCCCUCCAAACAUUGGUAACUUACAAAAAUUAAACACUUUGUACUUGCAUACCAAUAAACUCUCUGGCUAUAUUCCCAAAGAGAUAGGGAACUUGAAAUCUCUUAUGGAUCUUAAUUUGGGUGAUAAUCAAUUAAGAGGCUCAAUUCCAAGAUUUUUAGCAAAUAUCUCAACCCUUACCAAUCUUUCCGUCUUUGGUAAUCAACUUUCUGGCAUUAUUCCCAAUGAGAUAGGUAAUUUGAAGUCUCUUGUAUAUCUACAGUUGUCUUCCAACACUUUAAGUGGUCCCAUCCCUCUAAGUAUUGGUAACUUAAACAAAUUAAACACUUUGUACUUUCAUAACAAUACACUUUCUGGUUUGAUUCCAAAAGAGAUAGGGAGCAUUAAAUCUCUUGUGAACUUAGGAUUGAGCGGCAAUCAACUGCACGAUUCAAUUCCUACUUCAUUUGGUAACCUGAGCAACUUGGAAAUCUUACAUCUACGGGAUAACAGACUUUCCGGCUCCAUUCCCCAAGAGUUAGAGAAUCUCAAGAAUUUGAUUCAAUUGCACUUGGAUACAAACCAAUUGUCUGGUUAUUUGCCCCCAAAUAUUUGCCAAGGUGGAAAGCUUACAAACUUUUCAGUAUGCAGAAACUAUUUGACUGGACCUAUUCCUAAAAGCUUGAAAAAUUGCACAGGCUUAAUAAGAGUUCGUCUUGAUCAGAACCAAUUUACAGGCAAUAUAUCUGAAGACUUUGGUGUUUAUCCGAAUCUUGAUUUUAUGAAUAUAAGCAACAACAACUUGUAUGGAGAAAUCUCACACAACUGGGGACAAUGCCCAAAGUUGACAACCUUGCUAAUGGCAGGAAACAACCUUACUGGUAGCAUCCCACCUGAGAUAGGAAAUGCAACCCAAAUUCAUGUGCUUGACCUUUCUUCAAAUCAUUUAGUUGGGUUGAUCCCAAAAGAAUUCGGGAAGUUGUCUUCAUUGGUGAGGCUGAUAUUGAAUGGAAAUCAACUUUCAGGUCGUAUACCGUCAGAAAUUGGAUCAUUAAAUGAUCUUGAAUAUCUUGACUUGUCAACCAACAAAUUCAAUGAGUCAAUUCUGAGCGUUAUAGGUGACUUGGUCAAAUUGCACUACUUGAAUUUGAGCAACAACAAGUUGGCUCAAACAAUUCCACUUAAGUUAGGGAAGUUAGUUCAAUUGAAUGACCUGGAUUUAAGUCAUAACUCACUUGAAGGUAGGAUACCAUCAGAAAUGGGUAGUAUGCAGAGUUUGGUGAAACUUGAUCUUUCCCACAACAAUCUUUCGGGUUCCAUACCAUCAAGUUUUGAAGAGAUGCGCGGCUUGUUGUACAUUGACAUAUCUUACAAUCACUUGGAAGGUCCCCUUCCCAACAUCAGUGCAUUUCGAGAAGCUCUGCCAGAAGGAUUAAAAGGGAACAAAGGAUUGUGUGGCAUAGUUAGAGUUUUAAAUUUUGAUGGAAAGUCAAUGUAUGAGGAAAUCAUAAGGGCAACAGAAGAUUUCGAUCCCACAUAUUGCAUUGGGAAGGGAAGACAUGGAAGCGUCUACAUAGCAAGUUUGCCAUCUACCAAUGUAGUGGCUGUGAAGAAACUCCAUUUGUUGCAAAAUGACCAGAAGAAUCUUCAAAAGGAGUUCUUAAAUGAAGUAAGGGCACUCACAGAGAUACGACAUCGGAACAUUGUGAAGCUCUAUGGUUUUUGUGCACAUAAACGACACCCAUUUUUGGUGUACGAGUAUCUUGAAAGAGGUAGCUUGGCCGCAAUCUUGAGCAAAGAGGAAGAGGCUAAAGAGUUAGGGUGGAGCAAAAGGGUGAAUAUUGUAAAAGGUGUAGCUCAUGCCUUGUCUUACAUGCACCACGAUUGCUUGCCACCGAUUGUACAUCGUGACAUCUCAAGCAAGAACAUUUUGUUGGAUUCUGAAUAUGAGGCUUGUGUUUCAGACUUCGGCACUGCUAAGUUUUUAAAUCCAGACUCAACUAAUUGGACUGCUGCUGCAGGCACAUUUGGCUACAUUGCACCAGAGCUUGCAUAUACAAUGAAAGUGAAUGAGAAGUGUGAUGUUUAUAGCUUUGGAGUUGUCACACUAGAAAUAAUUAUGGGAAGCCAUCCAGGAGAUGUUUUCUCAUCUUUAUCAUCAGGGGCGUCAUCGUCAUCCUCAGCUGCAUCACUUGCCCCUGAAAUGUCAAUUUCGGAUGUUCUGGACCGACGCAUCUCCCAACCCACAAAACAAGAAGCAGGGGAGGUGGUGUCUCUUGUGAAGAUAGCAUUUGCAUCUUUGAAUCCCAAUCCGCAGUCUCGUCCAACAAUGAAAAAAAUUUCUCAGCUCCUCUCAUCAACUCAGAGGCUACAUUUGUCAAAACCAUUACAUAUGACAACAUGUGGUGAAUUGCUUGCUGUUGAUGGAUGA